AUGCACAAUAAUAGAGAUAAAACAGGAAGAUUCGUACUGAUAGAUAAAACUAGCUCAAAUUAUGAAGCCUUAAUUGACCAAGAAAUGAUAAAUAUAUAUGAGCGUGUAAAAAAAAUGGACCCAAAUCAGAAAGAAUUUUUACAAGCAUUUCAUGAAGUAUUAUUUUCUUUAAAACCUUUAUUUAUGGAAGAGCCAAAAUAUUUACCAAUCAUUGAAAUGAUAUCAGAACCUGAACGUGCAAUACAAUUUCGAGUUUGCUGGCUAGAUGAUAAUGGCGUACAAAGAAAAAAUCGUGCUUUUCGUGUGCAAUUCAGCAGCAUACUGGGACCUUAUAAAGGCGGAUUAAGAUUUCAUCCAUCAGUAAAUUUGUCUAUUGUAAAAUUUUUGGGUUUUGAGCAAGUUUUAAAAAACUCAUUAACGGGUCUAUCCAUGGGCGCAGGAAAAGGUGGAUCUGAUUUUGACCCCAAAGGGAAAUCAGAUAAUGAAAUUUUAAAAUUUUGCCAAAGUUUUAUGAACGAAUUAUAUAGACAUAUUGGUCCUCAUACAGAUGUACCUGCUGGAGAUAUUGGUGUAGGAGGAAGAGAAAUUGGAUAUUUAUUUGGCCAAUAUAAAAAACUUGUAAGCGAUUUUAAUGGAACACUAACAGGAAAAAAUGUUAAAUGGGGAGGAUCAAAUUUAAGAGUGGAGGCUACAGGUUAUGGUUUAGUUUAUUUUGUUUUAGAAGUUUUAAAAUCUUUAAAUAUUCCCAUACAUAAUCAAACAGCUGUUAUCAGUGGUAGUGGUAACGUUGCUUUAUAUUGUUUAGAAAAGUUAUUACAAUUAAAUGUUAAAGUUUUAACCUUAAGUGAUAGUGGAGGUUACAUAUAUGAGCCAAAUGGUUUUAAUAAUGAUAAUUUGAAAUUUCUUUUAGAAUUAAAAGAAGAAAGAAAAGGAAGAAUUAAAGAAUAUUUAAUCCAUUCACCCACAGCAAAAUAUUAUUCAAAUGAAAAACCAUGGGCAAUUCCAUGUACACUAGCUUUCCCAUGUGCAACCGAAAAUGAAAUAGACAUUGAUGAUGCAAAAAUAUUACAUAAAAAUGGAUGUAUUUUAGUAGGUGAAGGUGCUAAUAUGCCAACAACAACCGAAGCUAUUAGCUACUUUAAAAAAAAUAAUAUUAUUUUUUGUCCUUCAAAAGCUGCUAAUGCUGGAGGAGUUGCGAUCAGUGGUAUUGAGAUGGCUCAGAAUUUUCAAUUUUCUCAAUGGACAAGAGAAACAGUUGAUGAAAAACUAAAAGAAAUUAUGAGAAAUAUAUUUAUAUCAUGCUCUGAAAAUGCUCUAAAAUAUACUAAUAAUAAAUAUGAUUUACAAACAGGUGCUAAUAUAGCUGGAUUUUUAAAAGUUGCUGAUUCUUAUAUUGAACAAGGUUGCUUUUAA